GGGCUCUCCGAAACUAUCCUCGGGCCGCUGCAACCCGCCUUUGAGUCUCGCAGACUGGCUUCAAAGUUCAGACUUCUUUGAGUCCUGUUCUCCGGACUCCAAGCAGACAAUCUUUCAGCCAGCGAGCCGCUUCCAACAAGUCAAUUCCAUCCGAAACCAUGUGGUCGGCCGGUCGCCGGGUAUUCUCGGCGCUUGCCCGCCCGACAUUGCGAGAUGCGACAAGUCUUCCUCCCUUCGCUAGAUCCACCGCGGCCCUCCGCCGACUACUCUCCGCCCUGGCCGUGCUCGAGCAUCGCAACGGGCAGCUCAACACGGGCUCCCUGAGCGCCGUCACCGCCGCCCAAAAACUCGGCGGCUCCGUGCACGGCUUCGUCGCCGGCGGCAACAUCAAGGAGGUGGCUUCGGAGGCGACCAAGAUUGAGGGCGUCGAGAAGAUUAUCGCGGUCGACAACAGUGCGUACGACAAGGGUUUGCCCGAGAACUUUGCGCCGCUGCUGGUCGAGAAUAUCAAGAAGGGCGGCUACACGCACGUGGUGGCGGGCAACACGGCGUUUGGCAAGAACGUCAUGCCGCGCGUGGCAGCGCUGCUCGACGUGCAGCAGGUCUCGGACAUCACGGCGAUCGAGGAUGAUAAGACGUUUGUGCGCCCCAUCUACGCGGGCAAUGCCAUCGCCACUGUCGAGUCGUCGGAUCCGGUCAAGCUCAUUACGGUCCGCGGCACGGCGUUCCCGGCCGCGGCGGUCGGGAGCGGGUCAGCGGCGGUCGAGGACGGCGUCGAUCCCAAGGCGGAAAGCCCGACCGAGUGGGUCUCGGAGGACCUGGCCAAGUCGGACCGGCCGGACCUGGCGACGGCGGGCCGUGUCGUGUCGGGCGGGCGCGGGCUCAAGUCCAAGGAGGAUUUUGACAAGGUCAUGCUGCCGCUGGCGGACGCGCUCGGUGCGGCCGUGGGCGCGUCGCGGGCGGCGGUGGACAGCGGGUACGCCGACAACAGCCUGCAGGUUGGGCAGACGGGCAAGGUGGUCGCGCCGCAGCUGUACAUGGCCGUGGGCAUCUCCGGGGCGAUCCAGCAUCUGGCAGGCAUGAAGGACAGCAAGGUGAUUGCGGCCAUCAACAAGGACGCCGACGCGCCCAUCUUCCAGGUGGCUGAUGUUGGGUUGGUGGGGGAUCUGUUUGAGAAGGUGCCAGAGCUGACGGAGAAGCUGAAGAAGGCGUAGUAGACAAGAUACUCUACAGCUAAAAUGUACAAAAUAUCAUGUGUAUUCGCACA